AUGCACAACCCACCUGCUCACACCCCCAUCUCCAUCCACAACAUCUCCCCUGCCCAGACCCACCUGCUCACACCCCCAUCUCCAUCCACAACAUCUCCCCUGCCCAGACCCACCUGCUCACACACCCAUCUCCAUCCACAACAUCUCCCCUGCCCAGACCCACCUGCUCACACACCCAUCUCCAUCCACAACAUCUCCCCUGCCCAGACCCACCUGCUCACACACCCAUCUCCAUCCACAACAUCUCCCCUGCCCAGACCCACCUGCUCACCCCCCCAUCUCCAUCCACAACAUCUCCCCUGCCCAGACCCACCUGCUCACACCCCCAUCUCCAUCCACAACAUCUCCCCUGCCCAGACCCACCUGCUCACACCCCCAUCUCCAUCCACAACAUCUCCCCUGCCCAGACCCACCUGCUCACCCCCCCAUCUCCAUCCACAACAUCUCCCCUGCCCAGACCCACCUGCUCACACCCCCAUCUCCAUCCACAACAUCUCCCCUGCCCAGACCCACCUGCUCAGCCCCCCAUCUCCAUCCACAACAUCUCCCCUGCCCAGACCCACCUGCUCACACACCCAUCUCCAUCCACAACAUCUCCCCUGCCCAGACCCACCUGCUCACACCCCCAUCUCCAUCCACAACAUCUCCCCUGCCCAGACCCACCUGCUCACACCCCCAUCUCCAUCCACAACAUCUCCCCUGCCCAGACCCACCUGUUCACACCCCCACCUCCAUCCACAACAUCUCCCCUGCCCAGACCCACCUGCUCACUCCCCCAUCUCCAUCCACAACAUCUCCCCUGCCCAGACCCACCUGCUCACACCCCCAUCUCCAUCGCCCGAAUCACUGCACCAUGUUGUUUCUCUCUGUCGCCCACGCAACUAG